GAAAAGGCGGGGGGGAGGGGGGUGGUGUCCCCGGCCGGUUUGGGGGGUGCGUUGCCCGGAGACGGAAAGUUUGGGAGCCGGAGCGGGCUCGGCCGCAGCCCUGGGAAGGGGGUCCAGGGGGCGGUGGCCCUGGGGAUGGGGAAGGAGCAGGAGCUGCUGGAGGCAGCCCGCACAGGGCACCUCCCGGCCGUGGAGAAGCUGCUGUCCGGGAAGCGGCUCUCCUCAGGCUUCGGGGGCGGCGGCGGCGGCGGCUCCUCCGGGAGCGGCGGCGGCGGCGGCGGCCUCGGGUCCUCGAGCCAUCCCCUCUCCAGUCUGCUCAGCAUCUGGAGAGGGCCCAAUGUGAACUGUGUUGACAGCACGGGGUAUACACCGCUGCACCAUGCUGCUUUGAAUGGCCAUAAGGAUGUGGUUGAGGUUCUUCUGAGGAACGAUGCAUUGACCAAUGUGGCUGAUUCCAAAGGCUGUUACCCUCUGCACUUGGCAGCCUGGAAAGGAGAUGCCCAGAUAGUGCGGUUGCUCAUCCAUCAAGGGCCCUCACACACCAGAGUCAACGAACAGAAUGCUCUUGAGGUCAAAGAAUUCAAAAAGUACGGCCCCUUUGACCCUUAUAUCAAUGCCAAGAACAACGACAACGAGACAGCCCUGCACUGCGCCGCGCAGUACGGCCACACGGAGGUGGUGAAGGUCCUCUUAGAGGAGCUGACAGACCCCACCAUGCGCAACAACAAAUUCGAGACGCCCCUGGACCUGGCUGCUCUGUACGGGAGACUGGAGGUGGUGAAGAUGCUCCUCAACGCGCACCCCAACCUCCUGGGCUGCAACACUAGGAAGCACACGCCCUUGCACUUGGCGGCGCGGAACGGCCACAGAGCUGUGGUGCAGGUCCUGCUGGAUGCCGGCAUGGACAGCAACUACCAGACGGAGAAGGGCAGUGCUUUGCAUGAGGCUGCUCUGUUUGGCAAGACUGAUGUGGUGCAAAUCCUGCUGGCUGCAGGAAUUGAUGUCAACAUAAAAGAUAACCGAGGCCUGACUGCCCUAGACACUGUCCGGGAACUGCCUUCUCAGAAGAGCCAGCAGAUAGCGGCGCUUAUUGAAGAUCACAUGACUGGAAAAAGAGGUGCAAAAGAGGCCGAUAGAACCCCCACGUCCCAGGGACCUCUCCUCUCCGGUAUGGACUCCGUAUCCCAGGAGUCUCAGGGUGAUGUGGAGAAAGCAGUGACUGAACUGAUCAUUGAUUUUGACACAAACGCUGAAGAGGAGGGUCCCUACGAGGCACUGUAUAACGCUGUCUCCUGCCAUUCGUUGGACAGCAUGGCCAGUGGCCGAUCAUCUGACCGAGACUCCAUGAACAAGGAGGCCGAGGCAGCAGGAGUGAAGACUGCUGGAGUGAGGCCUAGGGAACGGCCACCGCCUCCAGCAAAGCCACCACCUGAUGAAGAGGAGGAAGAGCGCAUAGAUAAGAAGUAUUUUCCCUUGACAGCUUCUGAGGUCUUGGCCAUGAGACCCUGGAUUCAGGGAAGCACAGCCCGGGAAGAGGAGGAGCAUCCUUACGAGCUGUUGUUAACAGCAGAAACCAAGAAGCUGGGCUCCAUGGAUGGGGAUGGAAAACCAAAAGACCACAGGCGGAGCAGCAGCAGCCGGAGCCAGGACUCUGCGGAGGGGCAGGACGGGCAGGUCCCAGAGCAGUUCUCAGGUCUCCUCCACGGCUCCUCCCCAGUGUGUGAGGUGGGGCAGGACCCUUUCCAGCUGCUCUCUGCCCCUGGCCAGAGCCAUCCAGAAGGGUCCCCCACACAGGGCGCCUGUCACGAGGCCAGCAUGCAGCUGGAGGAGAUGGGUGUGCACGCUCCUGGAGCCUCCCCACCCAGUGUCCUGGACCAGAGUAAGAGAGCAGGUUACCCGGCUGGCCUGCCCACCACCAACAGCCAAUCGCACCCCGAAACUUUGACUCUCAUGGCAUCUCAACACCCUGGUGGUGCUGAGGAGGAAAGAGACCGGAGUGGGGCUAGGAGCCGAGCCCCUCCCACCAGCAAACCCAAAGCUGAACUCAAACUCAGCCGCAGCUUGUCCAAGUCUGACUCUGAUCUCCUGACCUGCUCACCCACGGAGGACGCUACAAUGGGGAGCCGGAGCGAGUCCUUGUCCAACUGCAGCAUCGGGAAGAAGAGGCUGGAGAAGUCGCCCUCCUUUGCCUCGGAGUGGGAUGAGAUUGAGAAAAUCAUGAGCUCUAUUGGCGAAGGGAUUGACUUUUCUCAGGAACAGCAGAAGAUCUCAGGUUCGCGGACGCUGGAGCAGAGCGUCGGGGAGUGGCUGGAGGCUGUUGGGCUGCAGCAGUAUGAGAGCAGGUUGCUUCUGAAUGGCUUUGACGAUGUCCGCUUCCUGGGGUCUAACGUGAUGGAAGAGCAAGACCUGCGGGAGAUCGGCAUCAGUGACCCACAGCACCGGCGGAAGCUGCUCCAGGCUGCGCGAUCCCUGCCCAAGGUGAAAGCGCUGGGCUGUGACGGCAGCAGUGCCCCAUCAGUACCCUCCUGGCUAGACUCCCUGGGGCUGCAGGACUAUGUGCAUUCCUUCCUGUCCAGCGGCUACAGCUCUAUUGACACUGUGAAGAACCUCUGGGAACUGGAGCUUGUCAACGUGCUGAAGGUCCAUCUCCUCGGCCACCGCAAGCGCAUCAUCGCCUCCCUGGCAGACAGACCAUACGAGGAGCCGCCUCAGAAGCCCCCUCGGUUUUCCCAGCUGAGAUGCCAGGACUUGCUCUCCCAGACGUCGUCCCCACUGAGCCAGAAUGACUCCUGCACCGGCCGCUCUGCAGACUUGCUACUGCCUCCAGGGGACACGGGCAGGAGGCGGCACGACAGUCUUCAUGACCCUGCGGCACCUUCUCGAGCCGAGCGCUUCCGAAUCCAGGAAGAGCAGCGCGAAGCCAAACUGACCCUCCGGCCCCCCAGCCUGGCUGCCCCCUACGCCCCAGUGCAGAGCUGGCAACACCAGCCAGAGAAACUCAUCUUCGAGUCCUGCGGUUAUGAAGCCAACUAUCUGGGCUCCAUGUUGAUCAAAGAUCUUCGAGGGACAGAAUCCACACAGGAUGCCUGUGCAAAGAUGCGGAAAUCCACCGAGCACAUGAAGAAGAUCCCCACUAUCAUCCUGUCCAUCACAUACAAAGGUGUCAAGUUCAUCGAUGCCUCCAACAAGAAUGUCAUUGCGGAGCAUGAGAUUCGGAACAUUUCCUGUGCAGCCCAGGACCCAGAGGACCUCUGCACCUUUGCCUACAUCACCAAGGAUCUGCAGACCAGCCACCACUAUUGCCAUGUCUUCAGCACGGUGGAUGUGAAUCUGACCUACGAGAUCAUCCUGACACUGGGCCAGGCGUUCGAGGUGGCCUAUCAGCUGGCCCUGCAGGCCCAGAAGUCCCGCUCCCUGGGGCCUUCCACCGCUGAGAUGAUUGAAACAAAAUCUUCCAAACCGGUGCCUAAGCCUCGGGUCGGCACGAGGAAGUCAGCAGUGCCGCCGCCCCCCGAUAGUCGCUGUUGUCACUGUCACACCUGCACCACCCAUCGUCCUUCUUACCUACCGCUGCCGUCUGUUAGUCCUGGAGUCAAGCUGGAACCACCCGAUACGGACCCAGAUGCCCAGUCCCAUGCCAGCGUCUCCUGGGUUGUGGACCCUAAACCGGACUCUAAGCGGAGCCUCAGCACCAAGUAUGAGACCACUAUCUUCUAACCGCUCACUCCCUGUCUCCACUAGUCUCACUGUGCCUUGCCAUCCGACCUCUGCUCUUCUCAGCUCUCCUUCCGGCUGCUGACGUCAAGGCCCCAGCCCUGGGGGGCCCUGCUCUCCCUGCCGGCAGCCGCUCUAGACACCACACUCACAGCUCGUACCCAACACCACCGGACACUGUGAAGUCCCCCCUUGGGCAAGGACAGCCUGGCGGGGGUGGGGGUGUGAGUUGUCUUCCAAGUGGGCACCAGGAGGGCUCAGCGGGCAGGCACUGUGAACCCUGGGGCGGGGGGCAGCCCUCGAGCAGAGCCAGACAGCACCCGUGACCGCUCCCUCUGACUAGGCUGGGCUCUUGGUCUGCUCUCCUCUCCCGGCUUCUGCGCUGAGCCGCAGCUGGGUGCCGCUGCCAAGAGUGAACUUUUUGCACCUUUCCUGAUACAACCAACCACUGUGACCACCCGGUGCCAGAAUCCCCUUGCUCUCCGCUCGUGGCUGGCCUGAGGCCCCAAUCCUCUGUCCUCUGCCGUCAGGUGCUGGCCUCCCUCCUGCGAGAGCCCGAGCUGGGCGGCGCGGCUCACCUAGGCUCACACUGCGUUCUGUGAGGGCCCGAGGUCCUCAGGCACGUGCCUGACUCCACAGCCUGGAGCUCUGAGCAUCUCAACAGCUGCAGGCUGGCUUCCCUGAGCAGGUCUCGGUCCCGCUGAGGCUUCCACUCCGAGGAAAGGGAUGGCUGGUGUGCGGUCGGCCACCCCUGUCUUCUCCAGGGCGUAAUGAGGCUGUUUCUGGAGUCUAGCUCAACCGAGGAGGAAGGCCUUUCUGUAGCAGCCAGCGCGAGGGAGGCCUGUGCCCUGUGCGCACACGGCCCCUUCUUCCCUCACAGCACGGAGCUGCUCCAGGACAGGAACCCGGACUGAGCAGCUCCCACCUUGUCCUCCGGGGGGCUUUCCAACACUGCUCCACGGUGUGGGGGCCGGAGAUAGUCAACCCCCCUCCACCUCUUGAGUCCCCUGAGGGGGACAGUCCGCCAGCUGGGAUCUUGGAGCUGAGGCUCUGAAGAAGCCCCCCAGUGUCUGGGGAGGGCCGAGGAGCUCAGAUGGCAGGAGACAGGCAAGCGGCAGCUCCGUGUAGGCCCAUAGGGAAGCCAGGUGCUCCAGCAGUUCCUGGAGAGGCGCAGCCCAAGGUGGUAGCGUAGGGUGGGUGCUCCUGCCCGCCGGCCUGGCCUCGUGCCUUCAAGAGCAGCCGUGCUGAGCCACAGGUGCUGGGGGAGGCUGUGAGGGAUGUUCCUUGGCUUCCAUGCUUCCUUUCAGUUCCCUCCACCCCGUGAAGGCCCCUGUGGUUAACCCUUUCCUCCCCCCAUUGUGUUUGCUUCUGCCAAGCUGAGCCACUGAGGAACCAACUGUGCUGCGGAAACACAGACGUGGGGAGCACAGGCUCUCGCCGCCACCACCACCACCGCCACCACUGUGUCACCUGCAGCUUUGAAGACCCAGGCCCAGCCUCUGCCAGGAGCAGCUCCUUGGGGCUGCCUGGCCUGGACCUGCCACCACCAGGUCUUACAGAGCAAGCCACACGCCAGGCCUUGAGCGGAGGAAACUGGAAACUUCCAGAGAGUCAAGAAUUGACUUGUCCAGAAGACAUUUUUUAUUAGAAAAAAAAUUUCUAUAAAAUGAAUUUUUAAGACUUGGCUCAAACCUCUAGGUUAAACUGCCAAUCUUUAGACAGAUGGCCUCGGGAUUGGAGGACAGGGGGCCCGAGAGCGGCUCCGAGGCCGGUCUGCACAGCCUUCGUCCCUGGCACGGGCUGCUGGCGCGGUCCGGUAGGUUGCAGGGGAGGCAGCAGCCUAUGAGGGAAGAGAAAGCAGGCCCAGGUGGGCAGACGGGAGUGGGGUUGUUCGAGUCUGCUUUCAGACCCAGCCAAGUCGGUUGCUGCUGUUCCUUACGAACUGCACAACUUCUGUCCCCAUUCGGAGCCGAAUGCCACCUCUGCAAUAAGAACAGCCUCAGAGGCACCUGGCAAAAGCAGAGACCCCCGGGCCAUUCCCGGGGUUCCAAAUGUGAAGGCGCGCGGGCCAGACAGGGCUGAGGGAGCUGUUCCUGGUGCCGCACAGUCUGGGCCGC